AGCUCACCUCUGCACCUCCACACACUGAUCAGCUCGAGCUCAUACGAAAGACGCUUGCUUCCAGCUGAGACGACGUCACCAAUGGCGGCGACGGCAGCAGCUGGUGCCGCCGGCGGCAGCGCCAUGAAAGCGGCCGCCGUGGUGAUGCUCGUGGUGCUGGCGGCGGUGGCGGCCACCGCGGCCGAGCCACCGAUCGACGGCAAGGUCAAGACUGCUGCGGCGACCACCGGCGGCGGCGGCGACCGCCGCGCCUACACGGCGGGGCUGGCGCAGUGCGUGGCCGGGUGCGCGAACAAGGUGACCUCCUGCAUGGUCGGCUGCUACGGCAACGGCAAUGGCGGCGGCGGCGGGGGUGGCGGCGCCGCGACGGCGAUGCCGUCCUGCCUCGUCGGCUGCACCAGCGACGUGUUGUCCUGCGCCACCGGCUGCUCCAACACCUCACUCUGAUUAGCUAAAUUAACUACUCGAUCUAGUAAUAAAUCGCAAUUAACCACAUGCCGACUCGCUUGAGCUACAUACAUACGAAUGCGACUAGUAUAGUACACGCAAGAAAAAAAGUGUAAGAAUAGCUCAUGGCUAGCUCUCUCCCAUGUCAUGUCUGUACUGUAUUGAAACGAAUCAGCCAUGAACUGAUAUAUAUACAGACAUGAUCAUGAUACCUAUAACCAAUGUCCAUCAUUUGGGGUUUUAAUUGCGUGCUA